AUACGUUAUGGAGUUUUUCUUAUCUACAGCUUUUAUCAAAGAGCCUUUCGCUGGAUGAUGACUAUGGUGUUUGCAGUGGAGGAAAUUAACCAUAAUUCAAGUCUGUUACCAGGUGUUAAACUAGGCUACCAUAUCAUGGACUGCUGUGACCAUAUCCCCACCGGCCUGCAGGCUCUUUUUUCGUUACUCAGACACUCUAAAACUGUCGACAGUAAGGUUGAAAAAACAGCAGAUACUGAAUACAAUGGUAUCAACAGGGAAGGGUUAAAGACUAUAAGACUAACUACAAAAGAAAUAAUGACCUCAUUGAAAAAUAGAAAUGAAAUCUCAAAUAGUCUUAAAAACACUGGAUAUUACCUAAAUGAAAAUACAACAGAAGAAAGAAAGACGAAAGAGUCUUCCACAUGUCUGUAUUAUUCUCCGGUGCCUGCUGUGAUUGGUCUUGCAUCCUCUUCCCCUACAAGAGCUGUCGCUCACACACUUGGCCCUUUCAACAUACCACUGGUGAGUUAUUUUGCCACCUGUACCUGUCUUACUGACAAGCAUUUGUACCCAUCAUUCUUAAGAACUGUGCCAAGUGAUCUCUUUCAAGUUAGAGGUCUCGUAAAACUUGUCACAUACUUCGGCUGGUUCUGGGUGGGCACAAUAGGAACUAAGGAUGACUACAGCCUUUAUGGCAUUCAGGCAUUUUCUAAUCAGUUUGGAAGGCAAGGUGGAUGUGUGGCAUUUCAUCUCUCUAUCCCAGCAUCACCCACAAUGGCUGAAAUACAAGAAAUGGCAGAUAAGCUGGAGAGUUCAACUGCUCGGGUUGUGGUGGUGUUUGCUACAGAAGGGCAGCUCCUAAAUCUGUUCUUAGAACUAGCUCAAAGGAAUGUGAUUGGGAUACAGUGGAUAGCCAGUGAAGCCUGGGUGACCUCUAGCCGACUGGCCUCACCCCAGUUUCACCACAUUCUACAGGGAACACUGGGCUUCACUUUCCCUGGAGUCAGCAUCCCAGGCUUGAAAGAGUUUCUUUUGAAUGUCCGACCCUCUCCCAAACCAGGAAUGGAAUUUUUCAAUAUGUUCUGGGAAGAACAUUUUGGUUGUAAGCUAGAGUUUGAAAGCCAAAGAGCCAAAGACUAUGAAGCAAGUGCUUUAGAUGAUUUUAAUGAUAAUGAUAGUUUUCGUUACAACCCAGGUUUCCAAAACAAUUCUCUUUAUAUGGUCGGAUUUAAUGUGGGACAAAAAAGUUUAAUUAACAUGUCAGCUUAUAAAGAUGGUGAACAUGCUUUUGAAAAGCCUGUAUGCACAGGGUCAGAGGAUUUGAGAACCACUGACAGCAGUUAUACUGAUGUAUCUCAGGUUCGAAUAUCCUACAAUGUGUAUAAAGCUGUGUAUGCCAUUGCCCAUGCUCUGCACACUUUUUUGAACUGCGAUUCAGCAGGACCUAGCGGGGGAUUGUGUGAGAAACACAGCUCAUUUUCAAAUGGUCAGUUUCUUCAAUAUCUGAAUAUGGUCAAUUUCACCAACCAGUUUGAUGAGAAAGUAUACUUUGACUCCAAUGGAGAGCCAGUCCCCCUUUAUGACAUUAUUAACUGGCAGAAGGACAGCAAGGAUAAAAUCAGAUUUUUCAAAGUUGGAACAUAUGAUGCUUCAGCACCACAGAGAGAGCAGUUGCAAAUAAGAAAGAACACCAUUGUAUGGACAAAAGGACAGUUACAGGUUCCUAUAUCUCAGUGUAGUGCUCCAUGUCCCCCUGGCAGCAGGCAGGCCACACGCCAAGGAGAGCCCAAAUGCUGCUUUGAUUGUUUGCCCUGUGCAGAUGGAGAGAUCAGCAACCAGACUGGUUCCACUGAGUGCACAAAAUGUCCUGAGUACUUCUGGUCAGACAAAGAAAAAGUGAAAUGUGUUGCAGGGGAAGAAGAAUUCCUCUCUUUCUAUGACACCAUGGGAAUCAUCCUGGUUGCACUCACCCUGCUGGGAUUCUUAUUGACCACCAUCAUCACUAUUGUGUUUCACAGUUUCCGCUAUACACCCAUCGUCAAGGCCAACAAUUCAGAAAUAAGUUUCUUGCUUCUCCUGUCACUCAAGCUCUGUUUCCUGUGUUGUCUGGUGUUUAUUGGUCAGCCGUCUUGGUGGACAUGCAGGCUCCGCCAGGCAGCAUUUGGGAUCAGCUUUGUCCUGUGUUUGUCCUGCCUCCUUGUUAAGACUAUUGUGGUCCUCCUGGCUUUCCGGACUAAUGUACCUGGUUCCAGGGGUCGAAAGUUGUUUGGAACAUCUCAGCAGAGGAUUCUGAUCAUCUGUGCGACAGCUCCUCAGAUUUGUCUCUGUUCUGGCUGGGUGUUGGGAGCACCUCCCUUUCCAUUCAGGAACCCAAACUACCAAGCUUUAACUGGAAAGAUUGUUGUGGAGUGUAAAGAGCCAUGGCCUCCUGGAUUCUACCUGCUCCUUGGUUACAUUGGCCUACUGGCCUUUGUCUGUCUUCUCCUGGCAUUCUUUGGACGAAAGCUACCGGACACAUUCAAUGAAGCAAAGUUCAUCUCCUUCAGCAUGCUGAUUUUCUGGGCUGUGUGGAUUUCUUUCAUUCCAGCUUAUGUCAGCUCUCCUGGGAAAUUUUCUGUGGCAGUGGAAAUAUUUGCUAUCUUAGCAUCCAGUUUUGGAUUGUUACUGUGUAUAUUUGUCCCCAAAUGUUACAUUAUUUUACUGCACCCUGAGAGGAAUAUUAAGAAAGGCAUGACUGGGAAAUAUCCAAGAUGAGCAUUUUGUAUUUUCAGUGUUUUUCAGAGUAAUUAAUAAAGUACUCACAUUUGAAUUUGAAGCUAAAUAAAAUACCAUAUGAGAGAUGUCUUUUUUGUGAUUCUGAAUAGUAUUUUCCUUUUAGGCCUUUUUUAAAAGAAAUAUUUACAGUACAAGUAUUAAAAAGGACAUGUCUAGAAAUGAUGAAAAAUAACAUGAAAUAGGUUAUCAUAAAAUGACAGUACACUGCUGUUAUUGAAUAUCAGUGAUGGGUCAAGGAUAAGGCAAAUAUAAAUAUACAAUUAGAGCUGAGUACUAUCAUAUAAAGAGAAGAGAAGACAAAGACAGCAACAACCAAGAUACAUGAAACCAAAUAUCACAAUCAAACAGGAAAUGAUGAAAAGAGAAAUAAUUAAAAACAGAGACAGGAAGACUAAAACUAUAUCAAUUAUAUAUAUGAACACCGGACUGUAUAGAAAACAUCACCGCAAUGAAAUAGCCAUAGAGUCAGCAAUGGACCAGACCAGAUCUGGUUCUGAGGGCCUCGGGAAUUGUAAAGUUGGAAACUAAGAGACAGAUUCACUGAUGUUUUGCACCAAUACAAACUGAGUUUUGGUGUAAAAAAAAAAAAAGCUACUCUGGCUACUGAAAAAGAGAGCACAUUGAAAAGUGGUUGGAACUCUGAGAUUUUUGCAACUGACCAUCUCACAAACACAUUUCUGGGAGUUUCUUUCUCGAGACCUAAAAUAUAGGGAGGGGAAUAUUUACUAACGUUUGACAUAUGCAAUUUACUCCUAAUCUUGCCAAUAUUUAAUGUGAAAUAAAGCAUGCUGGUUUUUUUACACUUAAUACGAUGGCAGCUACUGUAUUUCUGCACAGAGGAAGCACUGAAAGGAUUUAAGAACUUGUCCUGAGAGUGAGAUUUUUCUCCCUAUCACAGUUGCACUCAUGUCAGUUUAUUUGGAAUGCAAGAUAAAGAUUUGUUUUAAAAAGUGUCAGCUGCACGCUGAUCGGCACUUUCUAUCUGUUUCUCUCUCUCUUCCACUCUCUCUCUCCCCUUCUCUCUCGCCGGGGCGAAACUCACUGUGGGUUCACGCCCUCGGCCCACGCCUUCAGGAAAUGAGACACCUGGGUCUCAUCAAGAUGAUCAGUAUUUAAGCCGGGAGGUGACUGCUGUUCGUUGCUGGAUCGUUGUCGACCACGCGCUAGUGAAAGCCAAGCUACAGCAAGUUAAGCUAAGUGAGAAUGGCAAGAACAGAGGGAUGGCAAUAAUGAUUUUGGACACUAUCCUGAUAAAAAUUCAGGUGUGGGAUGAACAUCAAUCUGAUUAUUGCAUUUACAUUCAAGGUUACAAGGUUAUAGCCAGGCAAACCAUAUGACAAAACCAGAUCCAGAGUGUGUCCAUGUUUAUGUGUGGGACCAACGACAGACUGCAAAACAUUAAAAGCAUCAUGUAGGUUUAAAAAGUCCUUUGACAAUGGCUUAGUAGGACAACACACAUGAAUAUUCAUAAGACCAAGGAUUAAAACUUGUCAUACUUAUUUUCAGCAUUAUUUUAGCCAAGAACUCCUGUUAUAUUUAGGUGGACGGGAAAUCACUGCACAAAGAACAGGAUGACUGCUACCAAGCUCAAACAUAUUCAGUUGAGAACUGGAGAAAGUGACAGGUGACAGCCAAUGUUGGUCAAGUUACUUGAAAAAAGUAAUCAGUAACUAAUUACUGAUU